AUGGCAUCAUUUAUGGAGGAUCUAUGGUCGAGCAUUUUUACUGCGGGCCCUACCCCAACUCUCCUCCUUGCGACAAACGUCACCUUCGCCGCCUUGCAGACUCUCCUCCUCAUUCUCCUUCUAGCCACAUACAGCAUUCAUUUCUUUAUCUUGUCGGCUCUCUCGGGUGCACUCUGGUAUUCGAUCAACUGGUUUGCCCAGGAGUUGAAGCAGUCCCAGGCACAAACAACCGGGGGGGAUACACUAUCGGAAAAGGCAACCGCGGUAACUACACAGGGUGAUCCGAAACCCCGGAGUGCCGACGGCGCUGAUAGUGACACGGAAACAGAAGAAUUAGUGGAACGCAAGAGUGCGGGAGACCCUAGUGUGGGCUCACAGCCGGCUACUGCAUCGACGACACUCAGCGUUCCAGGCAGCUCGAGUGAAAUUCGAAAGCGCCUUAGUGUGAGCGGCGACAGCUCCGGGUAUACGAGCACCGAUAGUGAGUGGGAGAAGGUGGAUGACAAUACCGGAAAUUAA